AUGUCGUCUGUUAAGGCUUGUGAUAUGAAAUUAGUGGAUUAUGAUAUAUCACCGAAAAUCGGAUUUCUGCUAGAAGAUCCUUUGAUGUCUGAAUUAGAUGACAACCAGUUGAUUAGUUACAAGGAGUUACGACUGGCUCAUACACAGUUAUCAUGUAUUGGGAGUGGUUACAUUUGGCAAAAUGGUCCCACUGGUACACCGGAUAUGAUACCAAGAUGUUUAGCUGUACCAUGGUAUAAUGUAUCCAAGAAAAUAUGUUUAAACCCUAUCCUUCAUUAUCCUUCACUGAUAUUAAACAACUAUACCAUUAUUAACCCAGAUAAGCCAUUUUCUGUGCAACAGAUACGUCUGCAAGGAUUUAAGGAAUUCAAUGUCAAUCCGACCAGAAUUCAUCCCAUCCCUCAAUCAUUUUUCUUACGACUGACCUGA